AUGGCGCCCCAACUCACGCCCCAGCAUUUCCUGGUCAGCACUCCGCAGCCCUACAUCGCGCACGUCGAAAUCAACCGGCCGAGCAAGAUGAACGCCUUCUUUGAAGCCAUGUGGCUCGAACUGAAACAGAUCAUCGACGCGCUCUCCACCGACCCCGACAUCCGCGUCGUCGUCCUUUCCGGCGCCGGCCCCAAGGCCUUCACCGCAGGCCUGGACGUCGAAGCCGCGAGCCAGAGCGUGCUCUUCAACGGCUCGUCCGACCCUGCCAGGAACGCCGUCGCUAUCCGGCGCUAUGUCCAGGAAUUCCAAGAUGCCAUCUCCAGCAUUGAGAGAUGUGAAAAACCCGUCAUCUGCGUCCUGCACGGCUACUCCCUCGGUCUCGCGCUCGACAUGUCAACCUGCGCCGACAUCCGCAUCUGCAGCGCCGACGCCAAGUUCGCCGUCAAAGAAGUCGACAUCGGGCUCGCCGCCGACAUCGGGACGCUCGCGCGGCUGCCCAAAGUCGUCGGCAGCCUGUCAUGGGUGAAAGACGUCUCGCUCUCGGCGCGCAUCUUCGGCGCCGAGGAGGCCCUGCGCGUCGGCUUCGUCAGCCGCGUUUUGGAGUCCAAGGAGAAGGCGCUCGAGGCCGCCAUGCAGAUGGCCCAGGUGCUGGCGUCCAAGAGCCCCGUGGCGGUGCAGGGUACCAAGGAGUUGCUGAAUCAUGCGCGGGAUCAUAGCGUGGCGGACAACCUGAGAUAUACGGGCGUUUGGAACUCGGCCGCGGUGCAGACGAGUGAUGUGGAAAGGGCUCUGAAGUCGGGCCUGAAGAAGACGAAACCCAGAUUUGAGAAGCUUUGA